UUAAGUAAUAUUAAAGUGUGUAUCGAACGAGUCACGAAGGAAGAAGAAGAUAUCAAAAUCAUCGUCUCUGAAAAAAAAAUAAAAAACUAGAAAAGUAAUGAAAUUUUUUAGAAUGAACAUAAUCUGAUAUUAAUGAUGAAAAACCUCGUUUGAUUUUUUUUUGAGAAAUCAUGGGUUUGUUUCUGUUUCGUCUUCCAUAGUUUUGAUUUCAAGUCUGAAAGACGAAAGCUUUCUUUUGUAAUCCAAAGUUUUGUCCUUUUUUUGCUUUUUUCGUCUUUAGGGUUCUUUCAAUUUUGCCGUUAUUAAAAAAAAAAACCAAAAAAACAAAAACAGUGAACAAGUUCGAAGAAGACGAAGUUAAUAAGCAGCGACACAAGCUAACGAAGGAGACGAUAAGGAACAGUUCGCUCAAUUGAUUGGUUUGUCUAAAAGAAAGAUGUCAUCUUCACACAACAGGAGUAGCAACAACAACAAUUCAGAAGGUGCUAAAGCAGAACAGAUCAUAUUUGAGUUCUUUGCUAAAAGCCUUCACAUUAUUCUAGAAUCAAGGACUCCUUUUAUGUCUUCAAGGAAUUUUAGUGGUGAGCAGAUGAUGUGUUCCCCUUCCUCAUCUUCUUCAUCUUCCUCCAGUGUGAGGCCUCGUGACAAAUGGUUCAAUCUAGCUCUCAGGGAGUGUCCUGCUGCGUUAGAGAGUUUCGAUAUAGGUCGUAGAAGCACUCUUGAACCUUUGGUUGUUGAUGUGGUUCUUGUUGUGAGGCCACUUGUUGGUGGUGAUCAGAUGAACUUGUCUGGUAAAAGAGAGCUUAUCAGGAAUUUUUCAGGGAAAGAGUAUCAGUCGUCUGGUUGGAAUUCUGAUCAAGAUGAAUUGGGAUUUGAGACUAAGAACGAGCAGAUAAUUGAGAGAUGGGUGGUUCAGUACGAUAAUAGGAAGAUCAGGGAAUCUGCUACUACCAGCAGCAGGAGGUCAAGCAGUAAUAAGUUGCAAGUGAUGUAUAAGAAAGCAACUCUGCUGCUCAGGUCGUUGUUUGUGAUGGUUAGGCUUUUACCUGCUUAUAAGAUUUUCAGGGAACUCAAUUCCUCUGGGCAGAUCUUCAAGUUCAAGCUUGUUCCUAGGGUCCCUUCUAUAGUUGAGCCAUUCACUCGCAGAGAAGAAGCAGAAAUGCAGAAGUUUUCUUUCACCCCGGUUGAGACUAUCUGUGGUAGACUUUGCUUAUCGGUCUUAUACCGUUCUCUCUCAGAUGUCAGUUGCGAACACUCAACUCCUAUGUCUCCAACGUUUAUAACAGAUUAUGUUGGAAGUCCCCUUGCUGAUCCUUUAAAGAGGUUCCCUUCCCUUCCUCUUUCAUAUGGCUCGCCUCCUUUGCUGCCAUUUCAAAGGCGCCAUAGCUGGAGUUUUGAUCGUCACAAGGCGUCUCCACCUUCUGUUUCUUGCUCACCAUCGCCUACACGCUCGGAUUCACAUGCAUUGGUUUCACAUCCUUGUUCCCGUAACCUUCCUCCUCACCCUUCUGAGAUGCCCACUGGUCGUAGAAAGGAAAGCUACGCAGAAGAGUAUUCUCCUUAUCAAGAUUUCUCCCCUCCUCCUUCUCCUUCAGCACCUAUACAGGCCGUCUCAAGAGGCAUCACACGUACUGAAAGUGCUCCAGUGAGAAUCCCAGCUCCGACUUUCCAGACCAAACAAAACAUUGUGGCGCCUUCUCCUCAUCUAAAAUUGUCGAGACACACUUCUUUGAAGCCUGUGAGAAACUUUGGUCCUGGUGAAUCUGGAUCAGCAAUAGACAAGCUGUUUCUUUGUGGAAAAGAUGACUUUAGGAAGCAUUCUGGAAUGAGGCUGUCUUCCAACAGCUCACCGCGGAUAUCAUUUUCCCGGAGUUCCAGUAGAUCUUACCAAGACGAUUUUGAUGAUCCUGAUUUCCCUUGCCCAUUUGAUGUUGAGUAUGAUGAUAUUACAGAUCGUAGUAGCAGACCAGGGUCGUUCGACCACAGAGGAGACAUACAUGAGCCACUCGAGUCAAGCGGGUCAUUCCCAAAGAAGUCCCAAGAUGCUGCAGUUGGUGCCCUUGUGAGAAUGCUGAAGAAAGCUCCACCUCUGAGACAAGACGUCUCUGAAUCUUCCAUACCUGAAAUCUGUUGGAACAACAACAAACCAGCACGGGCUCAGGAGAUAGCAGUCACGUCAAUCACAGCCUCGGGGAUUGCUCUGGCCUCAAAGACAACAGCUGAUGCUAUGGAAGAGUUGAGGACUUACAAAGAAAUGAAGAACCAUUUGUUGCUUAGUCAAUCCACAUCAAACCCUUCCUCGGUUACUGCUACUUCACCCUUUGAUGCUUGAUGUUUCAAAACCUUGACCCAUUUUGGGUUUCGUUAUUGGUUUUGGAUUUGGGUUUUCAUAUAAUGUGCGUAUAUGUAAAUAAUAUUAAGCUCUCUCUCUACUCUUUGGAUGAUAUUGUGGUCCAUGUAAAUAAACUUUUGUACCCAUAAGCAGAAAAUUCCAUGUAAAUAAAUGGUAAACAUAUACUAAUGAUAAUGAUGACUUUAAUGAUUGUAAA